AGAAGUUGAGAACCCCUUCUUCCCCUUUUGUUCUCUUGCCGCCCCCUUCGAGCCGAGGAGAGAAGAGCAGAGACGCGAAGGAUGCCGCGGCUCACUUCGGUGGAGAGCCCUGGCUGCCCGCCGCUCCGCGCCAUCACCACCGACGUCCUCGGCCUCGUCAAAGUCGUCGAGGCCCGCGCUAGGCCGGCGGGCGUCGCCAAGGUCGUCGAGACUUGGGGCGAGCCCGACGCCUCCAGGUCCAUCCUCGUCGCCUCCCUCGCCGACCGCGCCGUCGACCCCGUUUUGGCUGUGGCAAGGAAGAAUGGUGUGGUUGAGCUGCUAAACCCCCUCAAUGGAGAUGCUCUGGCCGCUGUCAAGUCCUCCUGGCCAGAGCAAACUGACGGAGCUGCCGGAGAUGAUCCCCUAGUUGCGCUCCAUCUCUUCAAGAAACAGGCGCCGGACUCGUCCACGCUGGGAACAUUUCUUGCUUGUACGGAUAAGGGAAAAGCAUGUGUGAGAUCGGUCGCAAAGGAGAACACAGCGUCUGACUUGGAUGUUGGGCCAUCAAGCACAUGGGAUGUGUGCAAUGCGGGUAAAUUGCAGUUUUCUUCAGUAGAUGCCGGUGAAAACUAUGCGAUGUUCGGAGGGAAAGGUAUAGAGGUGAACUUGUGGGAUAUCACAUCUUGUAGUAAGAUAUGGUCUGCUAAAUGUCCUCGAGCGAACAGUCUUGGUAUAUUCACCCGACCUUGGUUCACUGCUGGAACUUUCUUGUGCAAGGAUGAUCACCGUAAAAUUGUAGCCUGCACAAAUAAUCACCAGGUUCGUCUGUACGAUACUGCCUCGCAAAGAAGACCUGUCAUUUCAGUUGAUUUUAGGGAGUCACCAAUCAAGGCAGUUGUUGAGGAUCCAGACGGACAUACCAUCUAUAUUGGGACAGGAACAGGAGAUCUCGCUUCCUUUGACAUGAGAACAGGAAAACUACUUGGAUGCUAUGUUGGUAAAUGCUGUGGAAGUAUUAGAUCGAUUGUUAAGCAUCCAGAGCUGCCUUUGAUAGCAUCUUGCGGAUUGGACAGCUACUUGCGCAUCUGGGACACAAAUACAAGGCAGCCGCUUUCUGCGGUCUAUCUCAAGCAGCACCUCACGACCGUGGUUAUAGAUUCACAUUUCUCAGCUGAAGAAUCUGAGGAGACUAAAUCCAAGCUGCCAGAGUCUUCGAUGGUUGCUGAAGCUACAGUCAGAAGGGAAAAGAAGAAAAAGAAUCAAUUGGUUGAAGAGGAUGAGGAAGGAAGUCGAAUGGUCAAACCUGAUGACAAUGAUGCUGAAACAGUCACCAGAAAGGAAAAGAAGAAAAAGAAAAAUAGAAUGGUGGCAGAUGAUGAGGAAGGAACUCGAAUGGUUGAUCCUGAUGACAGUGAUGCGAAAACAGUCAGAAAGGAAAACAAAAAAAAGAAGAGCAGAAUGGUUUCAGAGGAUGAGGAAGGAACUCAGAUGGCCGACCCCGAUGACAGUUAUGCUGAAAUGUACGCCCCGAAGAGAAUAAAGUCUGGCGAAAGAAGCAAAGGUACUAAAAAGAAAAGCAAGAAGCAACAAGUUGCCUAGGACACGAGUCAAGCCGGAAUUAUCAACUUCUGACCAUGGUACUUGUCUUUAGUUAAUUUGUAAAAUGAUGCUUUUAAUACAAGUUCAUUCAAACACAAAAGGUAUGCCUCAUUUGUAAUUCUGUCUUGAGUUAUUCACUUGACUGCUUUAGAAUAUCUAUGAGUGAUUUAAAUAGUUUGGCAUACUACCAUAUGAUUGUUGCAUCUUGGUUAAUUCGUACAAUACAAGUUCAUUCAAACACAAAAGGUAUGCCUCCUUUGUAA